UUGAGGUGGUAUAUAUAAUGUGCCACCUCUAAUUCAGUGCAGUCACUUAUCUAGCCCAGUGGCUGACGCACCAACGUCUUCUUGCACUAGCAGGAGUCCUGAGUUCGACUCUCGCGGUGCCCUAUUUUUUCUAUUGCUUUAUUUUUUUGUGUAAUUUCAAAUGCUUUUAAAACAUUCGUAUCUUUUAAAUCCUAACUCUAAAUCUAACAUGUUAUAUAUGAAAAUCGCUCAGAAAAAAGUGAAGAUUUCAAAUAUGCUAUUAUUUUGCAUGUUACUUUCUAUAAUAAUGCUUAUUAUGCAAUAUUAAUUAAUACCUUCUCUAUAUUGGUUAUUUUGAAAAUGCCUAUUACACAUGUUUCUUGUCCCAUUUAAUUUGAGUAGAUAUAACAGUUUAAUGCUCUCACAAAAGAUAGAGUUGACACUAUAGCGGAUGUUGAUUCCUACUAGCUACCAUAUGCUAAAGUUUACAAUAUGUACAUAGUCAUCCUAUUUUUCAUCGUGCACAAUAACCAAUCAAUACACGAUGAUGUAUACUAAACUGUUGAUACGAGGUUUAUUUAAACAAGUGGAUUAAUGUUACCUUCAUAUUUAUUUAAAUCGUGCCCAUAAAUAUUUUUAAAAACACAAUGAGUACACUAAAAAAAUCAUGUAGUCAUUACAUUUUUAUGUAACACUAUUUAUCAUGUUGUUUGUUGUCAAAUGAUUUACAAAUAUCGUUCAAUAUGUAUAAGUUGGUGAUUUUUUUUUUUCGUUGCAACGCACGGGCCUUUUUUCUAGUAUCUUCUAAAGACGGGUCAGCGGUUCGAUGAUGAUGAUAGCGUCUAAAACGUGUGCAUGUUGUUUACGCUUUAGGUCUGGUGCACCGGCUGUGGGUUUCGAUACGUUAUGUGGAUGGAUUGGCGAUGUCAUCAGUUUUAGAUAUAGGGAGUGAGAUCACUCAACAUUAUCGAGUUUUAUAGCUGUGAGUGAUGGCUUCGGAUGGCUUGAUGUAUAUUUUUGUUAGACCCAUGUUGAAUAACAAAUAAAGAUGACCUGCCGUAUGCAUCGAUUAAUGCAGAGGCCGAAGUUUUAACCUCCUUUUUCAUAGCCAUCUUUCGAUGAAUUAAAGAGAGGGUAAUAUUGAAUACUACUACCUCUUUAACUAAAUGUUGAUCCACCCUUGACACGAACUUCUUCACGCGCUACCCUGCCGCCGGGAGGUACGGCUGCUGCUACUGAACAGUAAGGAUGGCCCCGCUGGUCGUUCAACACCGCCCGUUCAUCUGCAGCAGCCGUCGUGUGGUGACACCGCCUAUUGACUACAACGAACAAGCCAUAAUCGAGAACCUUACAGAAAGUAAUCAGAGAAGCAUGUGGGCUAGUAGAAGGAUAGGAGAGGACGAAAAAGUGUACCUAGUUCACGUCCAGGGCACUGCUGGCAUCGGUCUCCCGACUACGCUGGUCGUUAAGAAGUUCCAGAACGUGAACCGCUGUAGGUCAGAGAUGCUCCUGCUAGCCACCGUCCGCCAUGAAAACAUCAUCAAUGUCCUACAUGUCAUCGAGAGGGAUGAAGUUAGCAUGCUCGUCUACAAGUACGAGGUGAAUGGCAGCCUUGCCUACUGGCUGCAUCGACGGGAGGGGGCCGGUCGGCCACUAAGCUGGCCAGAGAGAAGGGGGAUCGCCAUCGGCGUGGCCAAAGGGCUUCGCCACUUGCACCAGGGAUGCAACAGCCAGUUUGUCCACCACAACAUCAACCCUAGCAACAUCUUGCUUGAUCUGGAUUUCAAUGCCAAGAUUGCAAGUUUUGGUGCUGCGCAGGUGAACAUGGCUGGGCAAGGCCAACCAUUGCGGAUCCCGCAGUUUCCAAUUGGUAACUUUGGGUACGCAGCUCCAGAAUAUGGCAUCGCACCGAGCCAACUGACGGAGAAGGUAGACGUUUACAGCUUCGGUGUGGUGCUGCUGGAGCUCGUCACUGGGCGAGCAGCCAAUGGAGCUGGACCUGGUGGUCAGUUGGCGAUGUGGGCACGGAACAACUGCAAUGAUCUGAUGGCAAACCAUCUGAAAAGAUUCAAGACUGAAGUGGACAUGGAAAUCCCAGAUCAAGCACGAUACAUGAAGGAAAUGGCGGCUGUCUUCAGUCUGGGAGUGGAUUGCACCGUUUGGGAUCCGCAGCAAAGGCCAUCCAUGCGGAGGGCACUCAAACGACUCCGCCGCAGCCGUCGGUAUAGCCUGUGGGCUUAAACCCUGUCUACCAAAGUACAAGAAAAAUUGAAGAUGUCGGCAAGAAGCAAAUGGUACAGCAGCUAGCAGUGAAGAAUACAAGUCUAGUCGGCAGCACUUGUGUUGCUUACUUACGAAGUUACGAGUAGUUAAGGCAAGAUAGCUAGCUAAACUUGAGUUGUAUGUAAACGAGUAGCAGUUUCUAAUUUCAAAAUUUCCUAAAUUUCACUUGGUUCGGUGGGCUCAAAAAUAUUUUACA